GUUAAUUCUUGCUAACAGGCUCACCGGGGCACGCGCGGUGCCUCGUCACCUCACGCUCUGCUCACAUGACGUUACCCAGCAUUCUGCGGGCGCUGUGUCAGAAACAUCCAAGGAAGGAAGAGGAUGCGGCUCGCCUCAGAUAUGGAUUACAAGGUUAUGUUUGCAACCUUGCAGACAGUAUGUGAAGACAACAUUUCUAUUUUAUGUGGGCCCUCUGAUUUGCUGUACGGUGCUGUUGCCAAGCGCCUGGUCACAUGUUUGAGACAGAUUCAGGAGCACGGACGAGCCCUGGAGCCUGUGGUCGGCAGCUUCACCGCCGUCUACCACCAUUAUGACUUUGACGCACAAACGCCGGGGAAUGGCUACCGCACCCUGGUGAAGGUCUUGCUGUCUUGCCUAUUGCACAUCGUUCACAAGGGCCGUUACAUUGCCUCUAAUUACAACAGUGCCUUCUUCAGGGCAGACCACAAUGCCUCAGAGAUGGAGGCGUACUGCAGCGCUCUGUGCCAACUGCGUGCCCUGCUCCACCUCGCCCAGCGGCUGAUCAACGACAACGACUACGGCCAGCUGUACGCCCUGCAGGACGGAGACCUGAGCGGCAGGUUUGUGCAGGAGUACAGCACCAUGCACAAAGCCUGCUUCUACGGCCGCUGUCUGGGCUUUCAGUUCUCACCAACUCUACGACCGUUCCUCCAGACCGUUGUCAUUAGCAUGGUUUCAUAUGGAGAGACGUUUGGUAAACAGCAGUCUGGUUUAGGUUUGGCAGCCCUUUCCCUUCUGACCUCAGGGAAGUACGUCAUGGACCCGGAGCUGCGGGGCGCAGAGUUUGAACGCAUUACCCAGAACCUGAACAUGCAGUUCUGGAAGUCCUUCUGGAACCUCACAGAGUCCGGCCUUUUAACAGGCUUCAGCAGAAUAGCUUCAAGCCCCGUGCAGGUGAACUUCACCUUGACUGUGCCUCCUGUUACUCUACGCCUCCCGCUGGCCUCAGACCCCCGUCUAACAGCCACUGUGUCACCUCCAAUAGCCCACUGGGGCCCAGGCCCAGUCCACAUGCGGCUAAUCUCCUAUGAGCUUCGACAAGGACAGGAGAGUGAAGAGCUCCUAACUUAUUCUCGAGACGAUCCUCCCCCCAUCACCGCGUCUAAACUCCCCUGGGUGCAGAAGCAGCCUCGCUCCCCCUGGCUGCUCAUCCACUUCCAUGGAGGGGGCUUUGUGGCCCAGACUUCCAGAUCCCAUGAGAAUUAUCUUCGGAAUUGGUCGAAGAUUCUGAGCGUACCUAUUCUCUCCGUGGACUACUCUCUGUCACCCGAAGCGCCCUUUCCCAGAGCUCUGGAGGAGUGUUUCUACGCCUACUGCUGGGCUCUGAACAACUGUCAUCUGCUGGGCUCCACAGCGGAGCGGGUUUGUCUAGCUGGUGACAGCGCUGGAGGAAACCUCUGCAUCACCGUGUCCAUGAAGGCCAUAUCCAGCGGAAUCCGAGUCCCUGACGGCAUCAUGGCUGCCUACCCGGCCACCUUGCUCACCACUGACGCCUCGCCCUCCCGUCUGCUCACUCUCAUCGACCCGCUGUUGCCUCUAGGUGUUCUCACAAAGUGUAUUAAUGCCUAUGCAGGUGCAGACUCUCAGACUGUGCAGCCUGCAGUGGAAAGCAGCAGUCUGAGCGCUCUGGGCAGAGACACCGCUGUGCUGCUCAGUGAUCUCACACAGGGAGCCUCCAACUGGAUCCAUUCCUUUCUAGACCCCAUGAGAACUUCAGGUGGAGUACGCUCACUUUCAUCUACGCAGAGGAGGACAUCCACUCACGCCUCCACACCAAACUGUGGAAGUAACAUGGAUUACCCAGAGGGCUUUGUGCCCCUACGCUCUGAGUGCCUGGCUUCUGUUCACCCAACUUCCUGCCCCAUUAUCAGGAACCCGUUUGUGUCGCCCCUGUUGGCUCCUAUCGAGCUGCUGAGAGGCCUGCCACCUGUACACAUAGUGGCCUCUGCUCUGGAUGCCUUGCUGGAUGACUCUGUGAUGUUUGCCAAGAAGCUGCGAGACAUGGGCCAGCCUGUGAGUCUGACGGUGGUGGAAGACUUGCCUCAUGGCUUCCUUAGCCUGUCACAGCUCUCCAAGGAGACGGAGUCGGCUGUAGAAAUGUGUGUGGAGCAAAUGAGGACGAUUUUUCAGCAAGAAAACCCGACACCUGCCCUUCGCAGACGGCCAAAGCUGGAAGAGACUUAUCGGAGUAGCAAUCCAUCAUCAGGCUGAUUUAUCAUUGAUGGGACUUUGUUGUUCUUGGAUGAAAAAGAGAUCUGGUGGUGAGAGAGAUGCAAUACAUUUAAGAGAAGCUAAGGAAGCUUAGGGACGCUUCACUUGAAACCUCUUCUGCACAACAUGUUCUGUAGGCAACAACGAUCGAGGAAAACUUUCUAUAACCAGCUAUAAUAUGAUCCUAAAUGAUGGCAAAUUAGGAAAUAUUGAAGUAUUUUUCUACUCAACAUUUACAUGUUCAAGAUUCAGAUCGAACAUACAUUGAGAAUAUUACAGAUAUAUCACCAUAACCAGCCCUGGCAGUCACUUUUUUAACUGAUAAAUGUCAGUAAUGGCAGCUGUUGUGCCUUGAAUUUAAAGUGCUGCUAAAGUGUAUGAGCUUCGCCUACAUUACUGCACAAACUGACCAGGAUUCAAAGUUUGCACAGGAAAAACAUUCCAGAUGCAUAUUAUUAUUAUUAUUAUUAUUAUUAUUAUUAUUAUUAUUAUUAUCAUAUUUGGAUGAAAUGUAUAAUCUGGUUUUGCCAGUUUGUCACGUGUUUACAAUAUAUUGAUAAGGAGCCCUUUAACUUGUGUUUAACUGCAGUAUGUGGAUGUGGAUUAUGAAAGUAACUUGUUAUACUGUAAAUUAAUUCUUAAUAUUUCUUCAUAGAAAUAUUUAACACUCAUUAUAUUUAAAAUGUGAAUUAAAUCAAAACAGCAAGGACUGCUUGUGCUUAUUUUAAGCUGUUCUGGCAGCCACCUGAUGAACCU